AUGGGGAAUCUUCUUAAAGUGUUGACUUAUAAUGAGCAUGACCAAGGCCCUAAUUUUUUCCUUGACUUUGAACAUGCUCAGCCCACGGAAGCCGAGACUGCUGUCUGGAACCAGGUGAAUGCUGUUCUGGAGGAGGCCCAGACCAUCCUGGCAGAACUGCAGUCCUACACUGGUGCUGGCCAAGAGAUCCGAGAGGCGAUCCAGAACCCCAGUGACCAGCAGCUUCAAGAAAAGGCCUGGCGUGCUGUGUGUCCUCUUGUGGCGAAGCUGAAACGGUUUUAUGAGUUUUCUCUUAGGCUUGAGAACGCCUUGCGGAGCUUGCUGGAGGCCCUGACCAGCCCCCCCUAUGCCCCCACCCAGCACUUGGAGAGAGAGCAGGCCUUAGCCAAGCAGUUUGCAGAAAUCCUGCACUUCACCCUCAGCUUUGAUGAGCUCAAGAUGACCAAUCCUGCCAUUCAGAAUGAUUUUAGCUACUACAGAAGAACCAUCAGCCGAAAUCGAAUCAACAAUUUGCAACUGGAUGCGGAGAGCGAGGUCAACAAUGAGAUGGCCAACCGGAUGUCUCUCUUCUACGCCGAGGCUACCCCGAUGCUGAAAACUCUGAGCAGUGCCACGACCAAGUUUGUUUCAGAGAACAAAACUCUCCCAAUAGAGGACACGACUGACUGCCUGAGCACCAUGGCCUGUGUCUGCCGAGUGAUGCUGGAAACUCCGGAAUAUCGCAGCAGGUUCACUAACACUGAGACCCUCCUCUUCUGCAUGCGGGUGAUGGUGGGGGUCAUCAUUCUCUACGAUCACGUCCACCCAGUGGGGGCAUUCGCUAAGACCUCCAAGAUAGAUAUGAAAGGAUGCAUCAAGGUUUUGAAAGAGCAGCCCUCCAACAGUACAGAAGGCCUUCUCAAUGCUCUGAGGUACACCACCCGGCACCUCAAUGACGACAGCACUUCUAAGCAGAUCCGGGCUUUGCUGCAAUGAAGCUUCCUGGAACAGCCAUUCACCAGAGACACACCCAAGAAAUUCUUCACGGCACCUUCGGCAAAAAUUUUAAUGUUAGCAUGUUGCUAUAAAUAACCAUUGGUCAUCAUAUCCCUCAUUUUGUAAAAAAGAAAAGAAAAGUUGAAGAAGUGCAGGUGAGAUUGUCAAAAUAAAUAUAUAAAUAUAUAUAUAUACACACACAGAUAUAGAGAUGGAACUACAAUAGAUAUUCCAAUUCCAACUCCAAGAUGACCCCCGUUCAAUGCUGGCCAAAGCGUAGGGUCCAGUCUCUUGCCUCAAGUGACCGGGCUGUGCUGAAUCCAGUCCCAUCCAUGCUGGGGUGACCAGGUCCCCUGCAUAUCAUACCUGUGGAGCAUGGAGGAAGGUUUUUUCCAAGCCUUUCUGGGACCAUAAGAUGGAUCUACAAACAAGCCUGGAUGCCAGGAAAGUGAUACUCUCUUACCCAAGAUGUAAAUAACACAUCUGGAAAAGCUUGAUUGAAUGUAUGGGCACGAGCACCAUCAUUAAGCCUUCAAUUCUGAUUCCAUUCUUAGUGGCUCAGUCACACCUUUUAGAUUUUUAAUAUGAACAACUGCAUAUUAACUGCACACCUAUUAUUUUGUACAUUUUUGUGUCAAAAUAAAGCAAGAAAAGUUAAUGUAUGAGAGAUCAGCAUGAUUUUCUGCUUUGCUUUAAUCUAGGAUGGCUGUGCUUGUCAAUACUGGUUGGGUCUGUUGCCCCAAACACGGCCUCCACUGUUAAGCUGAUUUCUUGUGUAUACCAGGCCUUGCCCGAUUAGGACCAAUUUUUAGGUCACGUUGCCACCAGCCUUUGCUCCUUGUAAGGCUGAGGAACGGAGCUCCAGGCCAAAAGGAGAGCAAGGAGGCAUUUUAGCUAAGACCUUA